AAAAUAUACAAAUAUGGAUAAUUGUUCAAGUAAGGAUUCAUACAGCGUGGAUAUUCCGAGGAAACCAUGGUACACAUAUAUAACAGUGGAGCCGUUGAUGUUUUUCUACAUGCUUGCUUUCAUGAUAACAAAUGUAAUUGAGCAAACAUUCUAUGUAUUUAAAGCAUGUACGGUGAACCACGGGUACAGCGAAGAGAUAUGUUACAAUAUAAGUAAUUAUAAAGAUAUCAAAACUGAAGUUCAGGUGACAGUGUCGACGUUUCAUCAAUGGAAUGGUAUCGCAAGUCAUAUAGUGCCUCUCUUAUUGGCUUUUUUCAUCGGUUCCUACAGCGAUAAACGUGGUCGCAAGUCGAUCCUCCUAGCUGGACUUUUGGGAAAACUUUAUUUCUCUAUUAUGAUCACUUUGAAUACAAUUAAAGCAUGGCCAGUGGAAUACAUCAUUUAUACGGCAGCGUUUCCAAGUGCCUUAACAGGGGCGGAUUUAUCUAUAUUCGCUGGUAGUUUUGCCUAUAUUUCUGAUGUAUCUUCAUUAAAGAAUAGAACAUUAAGAGUUGGCAUCCUGGAUAUCGUCUAUCUAAGUACAAUGCCUGCAGGAGUAGCUCUUGGUAACCUUUUAUAUACAAAAGUAGUUAACAAAUCUUUUACUGCAAUGUUUUUAAUAAACACUUGCCUUAUGCUAAUUGCCACAAUUUAUUGCAUUUUUGCCUUAAAAUGGCAAACGCGUGUAGAGCAAAAAUCCCUUAGAGAAGCCAACGUGAAAAAUCCAAUCGCUGACUUCUUUGAAUGGAACAACAUCAGUCAAACUAUUGUUACAUUGACAAAGAAACGACCAAAUAAUAGACGAAUGCUACUCUGGUUCCUACUCAUUUCUAUGGCUUUUUACACAUUUCAAAGAGAUGAGAGACCAGUUAUGUAUCUUUACGUAACGAAUGUGUUCGGCUGGAAUGAGAUUGACUUCAGCAACUUUCGUACAUUUCUCAGCACAGCAUACGUCGCUGUCAUGCUUCUAGGAAUACCAUUGUUCACUAAAGUCUGGAACUGGAAAGACACGGCGAUAAUAAUGGUGGGCGCUGCUGCUCAUAUUUGUGGGCACACAAUAUACGCGCAUGCGUUAACUGGCAGAAGUCUUUAUAUAGGUGCUACUAUAGCAGCAUUUGGUCCUUGCGUCGCUCCAAUGAUCCGAGCUAUGACUUCAAAAGUUCUACCAGCAGCGGAGAGAGGUGUCGCAUUUGCAUUCCUAUCUGUAAUGGAAAACGCUGUCGCGAUGUUCGCUUCAAUCGUCUACUCUCAAUUAUAUAAAGCGACAUUAAAAACUGAUUACGUAAACGCUAUAUUCUAUCUCACCAUAGCUACACAAGCGAUCGUAUUUAUAUUAGCAAGUGCAACAGAAAUAGCUCUUAAUGGUAGACGUAUAGAGACUCUUAUUGAACAAGACGAAACGCAGAUUCCUACUGUUGCAGCUUUAAAUGAUAAUGAUCAAGAAGUAUAUUAAUACUAGCUGUCGCCCGCGACUCCGUCC